UUGACUCUUUCCAUGCCUGCUACGCAUGGGAACGCCUUUUGAUAUCCGUUAUAUGUUCACGCUGAUAUCAACAGCCUGAGCGCAGCAUUUUCAUGCACAACAGUCACGCCGAGCUGGAUAAUAUCGUCCCGGCGUUCCCGCCUGCAAUGCAAAUUGAACCACGGCCCACAUGGGAGCUUUUGAAGAGGCCAGUCGUGCCGUCGACGAUGGUCUCAAGCUUGAGAAGAAUGCCGGACUCUUGAUGGCAACAAAUAAUGCCACAAUCGCAUUUAAAGCCAAUACCGAGCGAUUAUAUUUGCCUGAGCCACAUUUCUAUAAACAUUUUGCCACAAAGGCUCUUCAGACUUCUCCUGCAAUCAAUCGAGGAUAUUGGCUCCGAAUGCGAGCGGUAGAAUGGGUUGUCCGUCAAUUUCUCGAGAAGCCCUCAGGCCAGAGAAAGGUCAUUAUCAAUCUGGGCUGUGGAUACGAUCCAAUGCCAUUCCAAUGGCUCGCUCGUGAAAAGCCGCUAUGCUCAAACACGAAGUUCAUUGACGUCGAUUACGAGCUCCUGAUGGAAACCAAACGCGAGAUUAUUUUCAGUCGCCCGGAGAUGAAAGGCUUAUUACACUCCGUCAUGGCCAGCUCGAGCGGCAUCUGCCCCGAGAUCUUGAUCGAUAGCCAGGAAUACUCGGCCCUUGGCUGUGACCUGCGGAAUCUCCGAAAACUGGGCAGACUACUGACAUCCGUCGUGGAUCUAGAAGACUGCAUGGUUUUGUGUGUAGCAGAGGAUAGCACCUGCUUUAUGCGAACAAAUGAUGCUAAUGCUCUGAUACAAUGGACUUCUGGUCUCUCGAGAGACGUGACUUUUUGCGCCCUGGAGCCGCGUAGUCCCGAUCAACCUGACAAUGCAUUUACAGCGAAGAUGACUGGCUAUUAUGCCAAACAGGGUACGCCCCUACGAUCGAUUUUUGAAUACGACGGACAGAAUACCCAAAACCAACGCUUUCGCGAAGCGGGUUUCCCUAACAUUGAGUACCAGAAUCUUUGGGAGUUAUGGGCGGAUUCGAGAUUCUUAUCACCAUCUCAGAGAAUGGCCUUGGAUUACAUCGAACCUUUUGACGCCUGGGAAGAAUUUGCUCUCCACGCUAGCCAUCACUGUCUCGUUGUGGCUCACAAUCAAUUCAAUCCGUUUCUGCCACAGCGAAUAAUCUCACGUCGAAAUUCUGAUGCGAGUGACGCGUCCGACAUAUCUGCAAGAACCUCCUCUCCGUGUAACCCAGAUUCACAAUUGACAGCCUUCCGCUACUGCAAAGCCCCAGGCGACCUCUGUGAGCGCCAUCAUGGUUCCACCUAUCCAAUACCCGGUCAGGAUGCGAUUGCAGUCUAUGGAGGACAAGGUCCUACCUCAUGCCGAGCGACAAGUGCAGUGUGUAGGCCACGCUAUCUUCGGGAUGAAACGCCAACAGUUAUGCCUCCUGAGGUAGGUGCUCGCUGCUGUCAUGUGUGCACCGCCAUGAAUAAUGGCGAUAACAUUCUGGUUGGAGGGCGUGCAUUACCAAAUCAACCACUCCAAGACUGCUGGUUACAGAAAGGCAAUACGUGGCAUCGCAUUCAUGACUUACCGGAGCCUCGCUAUCGAUGCCGAGUUGUCCCUGUCACAUUGCCUGAUAAUCUUUACGGUGCGGUCUGUUUGGGUGGAAAGACAGGACCUGCAAAAGUGGCGACCGACAUACUUCUCUGGGAGCCAAACAGAGGCUGGCGUGUUCUUCGGGCUUUGAUCAAUCAGCCAGUCCCUAGAUUCGGUCCAAACUUCAUUCGCUUGGGCUUUAACCACGGUCUGUUCUUUGGCGGAAUGCGACAGGAUGGAGUGAUAUGUCAAGACUUCUGGCGAUGGAGGCUUGUCAUACGCGACAACGUCGUAGUGGGCAUCUCUUUCCGUCCGUCUCACGCCUUGGACGCUAGUGCUGGUGCUUACCCAUGGUUCUCACGAUUCGGCGCAUCCUAUGGCUUUGUCCAAGACAAUCUACUCAUCAUCGGAGGAAUUGCAAAGGGCGGCUGUAUUCCCAAAACAUACGAGAUUCUGUCGAUGACCGGCAGUUUUUCUAUUCUUCACGACGAAGGAAAAGAGUUCAGCUUACGCGUUACCUCUCUUGAACCGACCCGAGACUCAGAUUGCCCUCGACCGAUCUUGAUCGGACACUCAACCCACAGAACACAGGCUGGCAUGUUCGUCAUCAUUGGAGGAGGAGUUACCUGUUUUCAUUAUGGUAAUUAUUUCAACAAAGGUAUAUGGGUCCUGCAUGAUAAGGAGGCUGGUAUCUCAGCCGAUUGGGUUAUCGUCCCAACGCGACCUUCCAUCCUUCCUGGAGCCGGCUCAGAGCCCAGUAUCAACGGUGGUGAUCACCACCAAGAUGGUUUCCUCAUCAAGAGAGCUUUGGUUAAAGAUCAGCGCGAAUUCCAACUCAUACUGCGAAGGCUAAGACCUAUCGUUAUGCCAAUGCUCAAUUUUGGUGCAUGCAUUCGACUCUGGUCGUUUCAGUAUCUUCAAGGUCAUGACUGUCUUCUAGUACCCUCCAAACCACAGAUAAGCACCGAAUCAGAGGUUGGCGAUGCCAAAUCUCAAGACAUCAGAGCAAUGCUUCGCGAACACCUUCAACACAUCAGCAUUGUAUCAUCGGAUUUCUAUCCUCAUGGACUCACUGCAACAGCAAAAGGACUACGGCCCCUGAACUUGAUAGAUGAAUUGCCAGAAUUAGCAUCCGACUUUCGGCUACCGACAGAGAUGUGCUGCAUCAAGCCUCUUGUCCAUUCCACGCUUUUACAUGUUUCGAACGGUAUCAGCACGUUUCCCAAACAUGACGUGAUGGCCACGAUCAUGGUGCAAGUUCGUGGGGCGAAGAAGUUGGUUCUUUUCCCACCGGGUGACCUCAACGAAAUCGGAUAUGCCGCUGGAGCGGUACACAGCAACAUGAGAGUAUUCAGCAAUACCGGCUCUGAUCAGAGAUAUUCGUUACAUCCUCCGCCAAGGACAAGCCCUCACCUUGCGGUUUUGAAGGCUGGGGAGUCUUUGUUCGUCCCGCCGUUCUGGUCGUACGCUCAUGUGCCACAUUUCGAGCGCUCAAACGCCGAGAAGCAAGGUAGCCGGCCUCCCCAUCCCGAGGGUAUUACAGCCAGGAGAUUGAGUUACGCCGGGUCCGACACUUCAACGUCGUCUCUGUCAAGUGCGUCAGAAUUCACCUGCGAAUCGCCCAACCCCAGCAACCGAACUCCUCUACUGGAGGACAAGGCUAUUCCAGAACAGGCCUCUCACCUUGACAUUGCGCUUAGCAUCACCUUCCGCAAUCUAAAACCUUCGGCAUAUGCUUCAUCCCCCACAACAGGAAACAUGGGUCUUGUGGCGUAUGAAGAGGGACGACGGGACGUGGAAACGAUCUUGGAAAGGUUCAAUUGCCUCAAGAAUCACUCAAACAACAACACGAUGCGUGAAAAUAAGGUCAACGGCACGACCGACUUGGGCGUCACUCUCGAAACUUCACCGAAAGAUGUCACGAAAGCAUUGCUAGAGCGUUUAGGAAAGGAGCUGCUUUCGAAGGCGGACGCUUUGUGACGGACGACUUCUACGCUUUAUCCAUCAUGGCUGUGCCACUGACGAGGUCAAUACUGUCACGCUAUAUACCCGACUCAAAGUGAGCUGGCAGUGCAUGUUUGUGUUUAAUGUCUUACAUCUAGUUGUGAUAUGGAAGCACUAGGAUUAAUAAACGACGCGGAUCAGGGGUAAUCAGUGAAAGCAGCACCCUCAUCCAGAAACAGAAUUUCAGGAAGUUCAAGGAGUCACUCUAAUCGUAUUUCAGCGAGACCUUUCUGUCUGUUCAGACCGAGGACUAUAAAUGACAUAUACGUUUGUUCUUCGUAUCUCCUCCCAUCCGCUGCUCCGUG